AUGCAGACUGCUUCUACAAACAUUUGUAGAAGAAUGAAUUGCUCUCAGGAGCUCAGUGAAUUCAAGCGCAGUACAGUGAUAGGUUGCCACCUGUGCAAUAAGUCCAUCCAUGAAAUCUCCUUGCUACUAAAUAUUCCACGGUCAACUGUUAGUGGUAUUAUAAUAAAGUGGAAGCAACUGGGAACAACAGCAACUCAGCCACGAAGUGAGCAGGGUCAGUGCAUGCUGAAGUGUGCAGAAGUCGCAAACUGUCCGCACAGUCAAUAAAGACCUCCAAACUUCAUGUGGCCUUCACAUUAGCACAACACAGUGCGUAGAGAGCUUCAUGGAAUGGGUGGGUUUCCAUGGC